AUGAAGCUCAUUCUCGUGGUUUUGACUAUUACCCUGCUCCUGGUCCAGGUCACCCAAGCCAUGUAUUGCUGGGGUAAGUUGGGAAGGUGCAAAACAACGUGUGAACAGAAUGAAGUAUUCCAUAUAUUAUGCACAGAUGAAGCUAAGUGUUGUGUAAACCCCAAGAAUGUACCUGUCAAAACUUGA